GCAAGAACCAGGCAGACUGUUUGCCUGAUCCAUAGCAUACAUAGAUCUCCAUAUUUAUUGUCUUUACAGCUCAGUCAUGGGGCAAAGGAUGUGGAUUUUUCUGAUCUUUGCUCGUUUGUUCUUUGAAUGCAGCGCUGAAGACAGAAUAAAUCAAACCAGAGCAAAUGUCAGUCUAGAAGAAGGAGGAUCAGUGAUACUACACUGUGCAUAUGAAUCAGGCAGCACAAACCCGUAUCUCUUCUGGUACAUACAAUAUCCCAAUGAGUCACCCAAGUACAUCCUGAGACGGGAAAAGUUUGGAGAAGGUGAUACUGCUCCAGGAUACAAGGGGAGAUUUAAUGCCGGUGAACACUGGAGUUCAUUUCUAUUAUUCAUGGAGAAGUCUUUCAUCUUAGUUAUCAUAACUAUCAUUACAGGAUUAACUAUUUGUAAUGAAAUCAAUCCUGGUAGACUUGAAGUUUCUGGCAAAGAAGGAGGAUCAGUGUCAUUAAGCUGCAGCUACAAAACAACAAAUCAAUAUGCUAGGAUAGAUUGGUACAGACAGCAGUCUAACCAGAGACUGCAGUAUCUCGCCUUUAAAGAUGUCCGUGGAUGGACUAAUAGCCAUACCACAGAUGAACGAUUCAAAUUUUCUACUUCCACGGACUCAAUCGAGCUCACCAUUGAUCAGCUUACCAUAGCAGACACAGCAAUCUACUACUGUACUUUGCUGGUGGCACAAUUUGAUGUUCGCCAUCGAACACUCUUCGCCGUCGAGCCAAUGCAGCUCGGGCACUCUCCCCUCUCCACUGCUGAAAGAUGCCGUCGCUCUCAGCAAGGGCUUUGUCUGUACUGUGGGGAGUCAGGACACAUCCUAUGGACCUGCCCCGUAUGCCCACCUCGUCCAGAGGGUGCCCUUAAGGUAGGCCUCUCCGUUCUCGUGGCCGUGUCCCCCGUCCAAUUCACUAUACCAAUUGUUGUGCAUGGUGGGGGGUUGCAGAUAACCACUAACCUCUUCCCCUUAUCCCUGCACGAGGAGGAGGCCAUGGAAACCUACAUCAAGGAAGUCCUGAGACAGGGUAUCAUUCGCCCAUCCACAUCACCCAUAACAGUGGGCUUCUUCUUCGUAAAGAAGAAGGAUGAUGGCCUACGCCUGUGUAUCAAUUACCGGGUCCUCAAUGCCAUAACCGUGAAAUGCCGGGAACCCCUGCCUCUGAUCCCGCCCGCUCUAGAAAAACUUUGCGAGGUGACCGUGUUCACUAAGUUAGACCUGCGAAGUGCCUAUAACCUGGUCCAGAUUCGAUGA